AAGAAAGAAAGGAAACAUGCUCAGUCUUUCACUGGGUGUCCGUAGUGUGCUUGACCAACAUCAAUCCUUAGUAAGCAGAAAAACUCUUAACUGAACUUUGACUGAAACUUCCAGCAAAAAACCCCAAAAGAGACUCUGGUGCAAGAAAACCCACAAAAAAUGCCAGCUCAGGAAAAUCGUGGUUUUCAGGGUCCAGUAGCUGGAGUGUUCCUUGAACAUUCAAAUGAAACCAUUACAAUAUACCAAGCCUUCAAGAAGCGCUUGUUGAAGCCAGGAACAUGUCUGGCACUGUUAGAAGCUCAAGCUGCAACAGGAGGAAUCAUCGACCCCAUCAAAAACUUGACAUGGUCUGUAGAUGAUGCAGUAAAGGAAGGCAUUGUGGGACAUGAGAUGAAAGAGAAACUUCAGUUAGCUGAGAAAGCAAUCACGGGCUACACAGAUCCAUACACCAACCAACAGAUCUCACUCUUUCAGGCCAUGCAGAAAGAUGUUAUCCCAAAAGAACAUGGCAUUAGAUUACUUGAGGCACAGAUCUCUGCCAAAGGGAUCUAUGACCCUAUUGAAAAAUGCCAUCUAACAGAAAAACAAGCCUACGGGAAGGGUCACUAUGACAAAGAUCUUUUAAGAGACCAAGUGGAUGCCCUAAAAGUAUUCUAUGACCCAAACUCUCAAGAAAACCUCACCUAUGCAUCACUGAUAAAGAAAUGCACUGUAGCCCCAGAAACAGGUUUGCUGCUGUUCCCCAUCCGCAUCACAUUUAAAGGCCUCCGCAGAGGUGUAACCUCCGCUGAGCUUCUGGCAUCAAAAAUUAUUGACCAACAGACAUUUGAAAAUCUGCAUAAGGGAAAAACCACCACCCAGGAUGUGAUGUUAAUGGAAACAGUGAAAGAAUAUCUAGAAGGUAAAAAGAGCAUUGGGGGAGUAGCUGUGCUCUCCACAAACAAGAGAAUGAGCAUCUAUCAGGCAAUGAGACAAGGUAUAAUCAUGCCUGGCUCUGCUUUGAUUCUGCUGGAAGCCCAGGCUGCAACUGGAUUCAUGAUUGACCCUGUUGAAAACAAGACAUACAGUGUAGAUGAAGCCAUUAAACAAAAACUUGUAGGGCCUGAGUACCACACAAAAUUGCUUGCAGCAGAACGUGCAGUAACUGGUUACAACGACCCAUACACUGGUGAAACCAUAUCUCUUUUUCAAGCUCUGAAGAAGGAACUGAUCGUAAAGGAACAUGGGAUCCGAUUGCUUGAGGCACAGAUUGCAACUGGUGGAAUUAUCGAUCCAAUAAACAGUCACAGAGUUCCUGUGGAGGUAGCAUACAAGCGUGGCUUCUUCGAUGAGGAAAUGAAUGCCAUCCUUGAAGAUCCUGGAGAUGACACUAAAGGUUUCUUUGACCCAAACACAAAUGAUAAUCUGACAUAUCUACAACUGCUGGAUCGUUGUGUCAUCGACCCGUCUACAGGACUCACAUUAUUACCCAUUCAUGAUCCAUCCAGUAGUCUGAAUCACACAUUCAUUGGCUAUGACAUCAAAAAAGUCUUCAAGGCUGUCAUGGUAAAAGUGACAUGUGGAAAAUACAUGGGAAUGACUGUUUCGCUCUGGGAAUUACUUAUGUCUGAAUACUUCACUGAACAGCAAAGGCAAACCUUCAUCGAGCAAUACAGAAACAAAACAGUCACAAUUGAAAUUAUAGUCACCAAAGUCCUGGAGAUCAUUGAACAUUCAGUGAAAACAGCUAAUGUAGUUUUUGAAGGUAUAAGAGAAAAAGUAACUGCAAACCAGCUCGCUGAAGCUGACAUAAUCACAGAGAAUGAUCUAGCAGAUCUCAGAGAAGGAAAAAAGACUGUCAAAGAUGUUACAGAGAAUGAAUCUGUGCAAACAUACCUUCAAGGUAAACCAAGCAUUGCUGGUGUGCUGCUUCCUGACUCCCAAAUAAUGUCAAUCUACCAAGCCCGACAAAAAGGAAUUCUGAGACCAGGAACAUCACUCGUUCUUCUUGAAGCCCAGGCUGCAACAGGUUUCAUAAUUGACCCAAUUGCUAAUCAGAAGUUUUCUGUAGAUGAUGCAGUGAAGGCACGAGUUAUAGGGGCUGAUCUUCAUGCAAAAUUAAGCUCAGCAGAGAAGGCAGUGACAGGUUACCAAGAUCCUUACACUGGCAAGAAAAUCUCAUUGUUCCAAGCAAUGCAGAAAGAUUUAAUUGUGAAGGACCACGGCAUACGUCUGCUAGAGGCCCAGAUUGCCACAGGGGGCAUCAUUGAUCCUAUAAAUAGCCAUCGCAUUCCUGUUCAUAUUGCUUAUAAACGAGGAUAUUUUGAUACAGAAAUGAAUCAGAUCCUUUGUGAUCCAACUGAUGACACAAAAGGAUUCUUUGACCCAAACACUCAUGAAAACCUUACUUAUAUGCAGCUGAUGUCCAGAUGUGUCAUUGACCAAAGCACAGACCUUUGCCUUUUGACAAUCAAAGGAAACGACAAGAGAGUCAAAAUAGGGGGCAGUGCCAUAGAGGUGUUCCAAACCACAUAUGUCUCUGUGAGAUACGGCAGAUUCAGCAACAAGAAAGUGACACUCUGGGAUCUCAUCAACUCUGAAUAUUUGUCUGAGGAGAAAAGGCAGGAGCUGUUAAAGCGCUACAAGUCCAAAACAAUCACGAUAGAGGAAAUCAUAACAAUUAUUUUAGAGAUAAUUGAGAGCAAGGAAGUACAAAGAAAUGUUGACCUCAGUGUAAAUGGUCUUAGAGGAAAAGUCUCUAUUUUGGAGCUGCUGGAUUUGGGAAUAAUAGAUGAAAAAACAUACAAAAAUUUGCUUGAGGGGAAGCUAACAAUCAAAGACCUCACUGAGAUGGGCACUGUGAGAAACUUCCUUACUGGAACAAGCUGUAUAGCAGGUGUAAUAUUGCAGAAGUCAAAUCAGAAAAUGAGCAUCUACCAAGCCAAAAAAGAGGGCUAUCUUACCCCUGGCACUGCAUUGUGUCUUCUUGAAGCACAGGCUGCCACUGGUUUUAUUAUUGAUCCAAUACAAGACAAGAAACUCACUGUUGAAGAGGCCUUGAAGCAGAAAGUCCUUGUUCCAGAGUUGUAUGAAAAACUCUUGGCUGCUGAGAAAGCGGUGACUGGUUACAAAGACCCAUACACUGGCAAGACAAUAUCACUUUUUGAAGCCAUCAAGAAAGAACUUAUUGUAAAGCAGCAUGGAAUACGUCUACUUGAAGCCCAGAUUGCAACAGGUGGCAUCAUUGAUCCUUUAACAGGUUUGCAUUUACCACUUGAAGUUGCUUUCAAAAAGGGUUAUUUUGAUGCAGACUUAAACAAGGUCCUUGCUGAUCAAAGUGAUGACACUAAAGGAUUUUUUGAUCCCACCACACAAGAAAAUCUGACCUACAUGGAGAUGUUGGCACGAUGCAUCAAGGAUCCUGAUACUGGUCUUUUCCUUCUUCCAGUUGCUGAAAAAGGGAAAACACCAAAAACGUCACAAAAUAUUCUCUCAGAUGCUGAGAUCAAGGAAGAAUUUGAGAAAAACAGUGUUGUUGUUUCUGUUGGCCGUUUCUCAGGAAAAACACUGUCUCUUUGGGAAGUAAUACAUUCUGUAUACUUCACAGAUGAACAGAGGCAGGAGUACUUUGAACAAUAUCGUCAAGCUAAGAUAAACAUCAAGGAUGUUGUCACCACAGUUACCAAAACUAUUCAAACAAUAGAAAAGAAAGAAGCAAUUUCUCAAACCACUAUGGGCCUGAGAAAACCUGUUUCGAUGCAACAGCUGCAUGACUCUGGAAUCAUUGACAACAAAAUGUACAAAGAGCUGCAACAUGGUAAGGAGACACUUGAAAAUGUGGUUAAACUUGAAUCUGUUCAAAGAUACUUGAAAGGCACUGGAAGUAUUGCUGGAGUAAAGCUUAAGCCAUCAGGAAAAGUGUUAAGUUUAUACAUGGCAAAAACUGAAGGCGUACUCAGUUCCGAUGCAGCACUCUCGUUGCUUGAGGCUCAGGCAGCAACUGGAUAUGUUAUCGAUCCAAUCCAAAACACACAUCACACAGUCAUGGAGGCUGUCAGAGCUCAAAUUAUAGGACCAGAGAUACUGGAGCACUUACUAUUGGCUGAAUGUGCUGUCACUGGCUUCAGAGACCCCUACACAGAUGAGCAAAUAUGCUUAUUCGAAGCAAUGCAAAAGGGUCUCAUCCCUCUUAAACAUGGAUUGAACCUCUUAGAUGCACAGCUUGCCACAGGGGGAAUUAUUGAUCCAAUUGGCAGCUAUAGGCUGCCUGUUCAGAAGGCAAUAUUGAAAGGAUGUGUGAAUAAUGAGACCAGUGAUCUUUUGGCAAAAAGUGAAAAGGGGUUUUCUGACCCAGAAACUAAAGAACCUCUUACAUAUCAACAACUCAUGAAGAAAUGUGAAAGGAAUUCAACCACUGGCCUACUCCUUCUCCCAGUAGAUGAAAAGAGUUCUGAAAACUCAACAUACAGUGACAAGCAAAUAAUAAAGGUCUUCAAAGAAAAAUCAGUGAUCAUUAAUGCUGGUAAGUUUGCAGAUAAACGUUUAUCACUUUGGGAUGUACUACACUCAGGGUACAUCUCUACAGAGAAAAUGAACGAAUUUCUUGACCUAUACAAAAAAAAGAAACUGUCAAUAGAGGAGAUAACGGAAAUGGUGACAGCAAUCAUAAUUGAAGUAACAACAAAAAAACAUUCAUUUAAAGGUCUGAGAAAACAAGUGUCAGCAAGUGAGCUAUUUGAGGCAAAAAUCAUCUCAAAAGACAUUAUGGGUAAGCUUAUCAAUGAUGAAGUAGAUGAUGAAUAUAUCAACCAAAUGGAAUCUAUUCAAAAAUACCUUGGAGCAACAAACUGUAUUUCUGGUGUGUAUGUCCAGUCUACAAAACAGACCAUGAGCAUCUUCAAUGCCAAAAAUAAGGGACUUCUGACACCUGGAACAUCUCUUGUUUUGCUUGAAGCUCAGGCUGCCACUGGCUUUAUUAUUGACCCAGUGAAGAAUAAAAAGCUGUCAGUAGAGCAGGCGGUGACUGAAGGACUUGUUGGGACAGAAUGGAAAACCAAACUGCUCUCUGCAGAACGGGCAGUCACUGGUUACAAAGACCCCAGCACAGGGAACAUAAUCUCCUUGUUCCAGGCCUUGAAAAAAGAUUUGAUCGUCAAGGACCAUGGUAUUCGUCUGUUAGAAGCUCAGAUCGCCACUGGAGGCAUCAUUGAUCCUGUGCACAGCCAUCGUGUUCCUGUGGAAGUGGCUUACCAAAGAGGGUACUUUGAUGAGGAGAUGAACAAGAUCCUCUCUGAUACAGGUGAUGAUACCAAAGGAUUCUUUGAUCCCAACACACAGGAGAACCUCACAUACUUGCAACUUGUGGAGCGGUGCGUUAGAGACCCCAACACUGGCCUCAGCCUCCUUGUGAUUGUGAAAAAGGGUGAGCACUACUUCUUCAUUGAUGAACAUACAAAGAAUAUUCUUAAGUCUACAACCACAAAGAAAGCAGGAGGUAAAUUCCAAGGAGAGCUGGUCACUCUUUGGGAUCUGAUCUACACAAAUUACAUUUCUGAGGAAAAGAGGAGAGAACUAGUUCAGCAGUUUAAAUCAGGUACAAUAACUAUAGAACAGUUCCUAGAAAUAGUCCUGACAUUGAUAUCAGAGAAAUCAGGAACAAGCACCCAAACUAUUACAACAAUAACAACUACAACAGCAGAGACAACCCUAAACCAAACAUUUCAAGGUAUCAGAAAGGAUGUGAGCGCUGAUGAGUUGUGGAAAUCCAAAGUCAUUGAUGAGAAAAUUUACAAAGACCUAACUUCCGGAAAAGUAACAGUUGAUCACGUAAGUGAAAUGGACUCUGUGCGAAAAUACCUGAAAGGAACAAAUAGCAUCGCUGGUGUGUUUGUACAGUCUACCAAACAGACCAUGAGCAUCUUCAAUGCCAAAAAUAAGGGACUUCUGACACCUGGAACAUCUCUGGUUUUGCUUGAAGCUCAGGCUGCCACUGGCUUUAUUAUUGACCCAGUGAAGAAUAAAAAGCUGUCAGUAGAGCAGGCGGUGACUGAAGGACUUGUUGGGACGGAAUGGAAAACCAAACUGCUCUCUGCAGAACGGGCAGUCACUGGUUACAAAGACCCCAACACAGGGAACAUAAUCUCCUUGUUCCAGGCCUUGAAAAAAGAUUUGAUCGUCAAGGACCAUGGUAUUCGUCUGUUAGAAGCUCAGAUCGCUACUGGAGGCAUUAUUGAUCCUGUGCACAGCCAUCGUGUUCCUGUGGAGGUGGCUUACCAAAGAGGGUACUUUGAUGAGGAGAUGAACAAGAUCCUAUCUGAUCCAGAUGAUGAUACCAAAGGAUUCUUUGAUCCCAACACACAGGAGAACCUCACAUACUUGCAACUUGUGGAGCGGUGCGUUAAAGACCCCAACACUGGCCUCAGCCUCCUUGUGAUUGUGAAAAAGGGUGAGCACUACUUCUUCAUUGAUGAACACACCAAGAAUAUUCUUAAGUCUACAACCACAAAGAAAGCAGGAGGUAAAUUCCAAGGAGAGCUGGUCACACUUUGGGAUCUGCUGUACUCAAAUUACAUUUCUGAGGAAAAGAGGAGAGAACUGGUCCAGCAGUUUAAAUCAGGUACAAUAACUAUAGAACAGUUCCUAGAAAUAGUCCUGACAUUGAUAUCAGAGAAAUCAGGAACAAGCACCCAAACUAUUACAACAAUAACAACUACAAAAGCAGAGACAACCCUAAACCAAACAUUUCAAGGUAUCAGAAAGGAUGUGAGCGCUGAUGAGUUGUGGAAAUCCAAAGUCAUUGAUGAGAAAAUUUACAAAGACCUAACUUCCGGAAAAGUAACAGUUGAUCACGUAAGUGAAAUGGACUCUGUGCGAAAAUACCUGAAAGGAACAAAUAGCAUCGCUGGUGUGUUUGUACAGUCUACCAAACAGACCAUGAGCAUCUUCAAUGCCAAAAAUAAGGGACUUCUGACACCUGGAACAUCUCUGGUUUUGCUUGAAGCUCAGGCUGCCACUGGCUUUAUUAUUGACCCAGUGAAGAAUAAAAAGCUGUCAGUAGAGCAGGCGGUGACUGAAGGACUUGUUGGGACGGAAUGGAAAACCAAACUGCUCUCUGCAGAACGGGCAGUCACUGGUUACAAAGACCCCAACACAGGGAACAUAAUCUCCUUGUUCCAGGCCUUGAAAAAAGAUUUGAUCGUCAAGGACCAUGGUAUUCGUCUGUUAGAAGCUCAGAUCGCUACUGGAGGCAUUAUUGAUCCUGUGCACAGCCAUCGUGUUCCUGUGGAGGUGGCUUACCAAAGAGGGUACUUUGAUGAGGAGAUGAACAAGAUCCUAUCUGAUCCAGAUGAUGAUACCAAAGGAUUCUUUGAUCCCAACACACAGGAGAACCUCACAUACUUGCAACUUGUGGAGCGGUGCGUUAAAGACCCCAACACUGGCCUCAGCCUCCUUGUGAUUGUGAAAAAGGGUGAGCACUACUUCUUCAUUGAUGAACACACCAAGAAUAUUCUUAAGUCUACAACCACAAAGAAAGCAGGAGGUAAAUUCCAAGGAGAGCUGGUCACACUUUGGGAUCUGCUGUACUCAAAUUACAUUUCUGAGGAAAAGAGGAGAGAACUGGUCCAGCAGUUUAAAUCAGGUACAAUAACUAUAGAACAGUUCCUAGAAAUAGUCCUGACAUUGAUAUCAGAGAAAUCAGGAACAAGCACCCAAACUAUUACAACAAUAACAACUACAACAGCAGAGACAACCCAAAACCAAACAUUUAAAGGUAUCAGAAAGGAUGUGAGCGCUGAUGAGUUGUGGAAAUCCAAAGUCAUUGAUGAGAAAAUUUACAAAGACCUAACUUCCGGAAAAGUAACAGUUGAUCACGUAAGUGAAAUGGACUCUGUGCGAAAAUACCUGAAAGGAACAAAUAGCAUCGCUGGUGUGUUUGUACAGUCUACCAAACAGACCAUGAGCAUCUUCAAUGCCAAAAAUAAGGGACUUCUGACACCUGGAACAUCUCUGGUUUUGCUUGAAGCUCAGGCUGCCACUGGCUUUAUUAUUGACCCAGUGAAGAAUAAAAAGCUGUCAGUAGAGCAGGCGGUGACUGAAGGACUUGUUGGGACAGAAUGGAAAACCAAACUGCUCUCUGCAGAACGGGCAGUCACUGGUUACAAAGACCCCAACACAGGGAACAUAAUCUCCUUGUUCCAGGCCUUGAAAAAAGAUUUGAUCGUCAAGGACCAUGGUAUUCGUCUGUUAGAAGCUCAGAUCGCUACUGGAGGCAUUAUUGAUCCUGUGCACAGCCAUCGUGUUCCUGUGGAGGUGGCUUACCAAAGAGGGUACUUUGAUGAGGAGAUGAACAAGAUCCUAUCUGAUCCAGAUGAUGAUACCAAAGGAUUCUUUGAUCCCAACACACAGGAGAACCUCACAUACUUGCAACUUGUGGAGCGGUGCGUUAAAGACCCCAACACUGGCCUCAGCCUCCUUGUGAUUGUGAAAAAGGGUGAGCACUACUUCUUCAUUGAUGAACACACCAAGAAUAUUCUUAAGUCUACAACCACAAAGAAAGCAGGAGGUAAAUUCCAAGGAGAGCUGGUCACACUUUGGGAUCUGCUGUACUCAAAUUACAUUUCUGAGGAAAAGAGGAGAGAACUGGUCCAGCAGUUUAAAUCAGGUACAAUAACUAUAGAACAGUUCCUAGAAAUAGUCCUGACAUUGAUAUCAGAGAAAUCAGGAACAAGCACCCAAACUAUUACAACAAUAACAACUACAAAAGCAGAGACAACCCUAAACCAAACAUUUCAAGGUAUCAGAAAGGAUGUGAGCGCUGAUGAGUUGUGGAAAUCCAAAGUCAUUGAUGAGAAAAUUUACAAAGACCUAGCUUCCGGAAAAGUAACAGUUGAUCACGUAAGUGAAAUGGACUCUGUGCGAAAAUACCUGAAAGGAACAAAUAGCAUCGCUGGUGUGUUUGUACAGUCUACCAAACAAACCAUGAGCAUCUUCAAUGCCAAAAAUAAGGGACUUCUGACACCUGGAACAUCUCUGGUUUUGCUAGAAGCUCAGGCUGCCACUGGCUUUAUUAUUGACCCAGUGAAGAAUAAAAAGCUGUCAGUAGAGCAGGCGGUGACUGAAGGACUUGUUGGGACAGAAUGGAAAACCAAACUGCUCUCUGCAGAACGGGCAGUCACUGGUUACAAAGACCCAAACACAGGGAACAUAAUCUCCUUGUUCCAGGCCUUGAAAAAAGAUUUGAUUGUCAAGGACCAUGGUAUUCGUCUGUUAGAAGCUCAGAUCGCUACUGGAGGCAUUAUUGAUCCUGUGCACAGCCAUCGUGUUCCUGUGGAGGUGGCUUACCAAAGAGGGUACUUUGAUGAGGAGAUGAACAAGAUCCUAUCUGAUCCAGAUGAUGAUACCAAAGGAUUCUUUGAUCCCAACACACAGGAGAACCUCACAUACUUGCAACUUGUGGAGCGGUGCGUUAGAGACCCCAACACUGGCCUCAGCCUCCUUGUGAUUGUGAAAAAGGGUGAGCACUACUUCUUCAUUGAUGAACACACCAAGAAUAUUCUUAAGUCUACAACCACAAAGAAAGCAGGAGGUAAAUUCCAAGGAGAGCUGGUCACACUUUGGGAUCUGCUGUACUCAAAUUACAUUUCUGAGGAAAAGAGGAGAGAACUGGUCCAGCAGUUUAAAUCAGGUACAAUAACUAUAGAACAGUUCCUAGAAAUAGUCCUGACAUUGAUAUCAGAGAAAUCAGGAACAAGCACCCAAACUAUUACAACAAUAACAACUACAAAAGCAGAGACAACCCUAAACCAAACAUUUCAAGGUAUCAGAAAGGAUGUGAGCGCUGAUGAGUUGUGGAAAUCCAAAGUCAUUGAUGAGAAAAUUUACAAAGACCUAACUUCCGGAAAAGUAACAGUUGAUCACGUAAGUGAAAUGGACUCUGUGCGAAAAUACCUGAAAGGAACAAAUAGCAUCGCUGGUGUGUUUGUACAGUCUACCAAACAAACCAUGAGCAUCUUCAAUGCCAAAAAUAAGGGACUUCUGACACCUGGAACAUCUCUGGUUUUGCUAGAAGCUCAGGCUGCCACUGGCUUUAUUAUUGACCCAGUGAAGAAUAAAAAGCUGUCAGUAGAGCAGGCGGUGACUGAAGGACUUGUUGGGACAGAAUGGAAAACCAAACUGCUCUCUGCAGAACGGGCAGUCACUGGUUACAAAGACCCAAACACAGGGAACAUAAUCUCCUUGUUCCAGGCCUUGAAAAAAGAUUUGAUCGUCAAGGACCAUGGUAUUCGUCUGUUAGAAGCUCAGAUCGCUACUGGAGGCAUUAUUGAUCCUGUGCACAGUCAUCGUGUUCCUGUGGAGGUGGCUUACCAAAGAGGGUACUUUGAUGAGGAGAUGAACAAGAUCCUAUCUGAUCCAGAUGAUGAUACCAAAGGAUUCUUUGAUCCCAACACACAGGAGAACCUCACAUACUUGCAACUUGUGGAGCGGUGCGUUAGAGACCCCAACACUGGCCUCAGCCUCCUUGUGAUUGUGAAAAAGGGUGAACACUACUUCUUCAUUGAUGAACACACCAAGAAUAUUCUUAAGUCUACAACCACAAAGAAAGCAGGAGGUAAAUUCCAAGGAGAGCUGGUCACACUUUGGGAUCUGCUGUACUCAAAUUACAUUUCUGAGGAAAAGAGGAGAGAACUGGUCCAGCAGUUUAAAUCAGGUACAAUAACUAUAGAACAGUUCCUAGAAAUAGUCCUGACAUUGAUAUCAGAGAAAUCAGGAACAAGCACCCAAACUAUUACAACAAUAACAACUACAACAGCAGAGACAACCCAAAACCAAACAUUUAAAGGUAUCAGAAAGGAUGUGAGCGCUGAUGAGUUGUGGAAAUCCAAAGUCAUUGAUGAGAAAAUUUACAAAGACCUAACUUCCGGAAAAGUAACAGUUGAUCACGUAAGUGAAAUGGACUCUGUGCGAAAAUACCUGAAAGGAACAAAUAGCAUCGCUGGUGUGUUUGUACAGUCUACCAAACAAACUAUGAGCAUCUUCAAUGCCAAAAAUAAGGGACUUCUGACACCUGGAACAUCUCUGGUUUUGCUUGAAGCUCAGGCUGCCACUGGCUUUAUUAUUGACCCAGUGAAGAAUAAAAAGCUGUCAGUAGAGCAGGCGGUGACUGAAGGACUUGUUGGGACAGAAUGGAAAACCAAACUGCUCUCUGCAGAACGGGCAGUCACUGGUUACAAAGACCCCAACACAGGGAACAUAAUCUCCUUGUUCCAGGCCUUGAAAAAAGAUUUGAUCGUCAAGGACCAUGGUAUUCGUCUGUUAGAAGCUCAGAUCGCUACUGGAGGCAUUAUUGAUCCUGUGCACAGCCAUCGUGUUCCUGUGGAGGUGGCUUACCAAAGAGGGUACUUUGAUGAGGAGAUGAACAAGAUCCUAUCUGAUCCAGAUGAUGAUACCAAAGGAUUCUUUGAUCCCAACACACAGGAGAACCUCACAUACUUGCAACUUGUGGAGCGGUGCGUUAGAGACCCCAACACUGGCCUCAGCCUCCUUGUGAUUGUGAAAAAGGGUGAGCACUACUUCUUCAUUGAUGAACAUACCAAGAAUAUUCUUAAGACUACAACCACAAAGAAAGCAGGAGGUAAAUUCCAAGGAGAGCUGGUCACACUUUGGGAUCUGCUGUACUCAAAUUACAUUUCUGAGGAAAAGAGGAGAGAACUGGUCCAGCAGUUUAAAUCAGGUACAAUAACUAUAGAACAGUUCCUAGAAAUAGUCCUGACAUUGAUAUCAGAGAAAUCAGGAACAAGCACCCAAACUAUUACAACAAUAACAACUACAACAGCAGAGACAACCCUAAACCAAACAUUUCAAGGUAUCAGAAAGGAUGUGAGCGCUGAUGAGUUGUGGAAAUCCAAAGUCAUUGAUGAGAAAAUUUACAAAGACCUAACUUCCGGAAAAGUAACAGUUGAUCACGUAAGUGAAAUGGACUCUGUGCGAAAAUACCUGAAAGGAACAAAUAGCAUCGCUGGUGUGUUUGUACAGUCUACCAAACAGACCAUGAGCAUCUUCAAUGCCAAAAAUAAGGGACUUCUGACACCUGGAACCUCUCUGGUUUUGCUAGAAGCUCAGGCUGCCACUGGCUUUAUUAUUGACCCAGUGAAGAAUAAAAAGCUGUCAGUAGAGCAGGCGGUGACUGAAGGACUUGUUGGGACAGAAUGGAAAACCAAACUGCUCUCUGCAGAACGGGCAGUCACUGGUUACAAAGACCCCAACACAGGGAACAUAAUCUCCUUGUUCCAGGCCUUGAAAAAAGAUUUGAUCGUCAAGGACCAUGGUAUUCGUCUGUUAGAAGCUCAGAUCGCCACUGGAGGCAUUAUUGAUCCUGUGCACAGCCAUCGUGUUCCUGUGGAGGUGGCUUACCAAAGAGGGUACUUUGAUGAGGAGAUGAACAAGAUCCUAUCUGAUCCAGAUGAUGAUACCAAAGGAUUCUUUGAUCCCAACACACAGGAGAACCUCACAUACUUGCAACUUGUGGAACGAUGCAUUAGAGACCCCAACACUGGCCUAAGUUUGCUAGCUUUAAAAAAGUAGAUAUGAUUUGAUGCAAAACGCUAUGCAAUAUAUUCUUCAUUAACUAUAAUCACUGUUCUGUUUCCACCUAUGCCAGAAACAAAUCUGUAAAUGUAUAUCAGUUAACAGUCAAUUUCAGUGUGCAUUGCUUACAAUAUAUAACAUACAUGUUCAGUUUUACAUUUUUAAACUGAAAUUUAGAAGCAUCAGUAAAAGCGCAAAUUCUAUUUGUUUAAAAUUAUUUUAAAUGUUACAAUUUUACAUUUAAUCUUUUUUUAACUCAUGCUCUCUUGUGGUGUUCAAAACAAUUAAAAAAAUUAUAAACACAAUUGCAAUAUGUUAGUUUGUUUGAUAAUUUUCAUGUCAGUAAUCUCUUUCAUCUCAUUAAACAUUCCUUGUUUA